UGGUAUUGCGGUCUGUGGAUGGCCAGUGUUGUCACAUUCGCGGCGCGUUUCAGUCCUCGUAGCCGGCUGUUAUCAUGUAAGAUGAUCAACCUUACGAUUGAUCACGUUUUCGUAGAAAACUCAUCGUGAACGACUAACAGUUCGAACAUGUCCGACUUAAUACAAAAAACUUUUAUUGUUUCCUUUUUUAUGGCCACCGUUGCCAUACGAGAAUUACAGUGUGCAUAUUGUGACGAUCACAAAUUUAAGGAACAAAAGCCAGGUGUUCAAUUCACCAAAGAGUUGACAUCGUUCGAAUAUGGAGCCAUCAGUUCGUUCAAGACACUUCACUGUUGCGGCAAAAAGUAUCUUAGUCUUGAAUGGUUUAAAGACGGUCGACCGUACCCGUGGCCCGGAGAUGUAUCCAGUUUCAUAUUGAAUCCCGAGAGUGCCAAUCAAACCAUUUACACCCGUAGCUUAUCACCCUCCGACCAUGGCGUAUACACAUGUCAAUUGGCUAACCACACGACCACCAUCAAUCAUUCAGUGGAACUCAAAACCACAGAUGUUGCGGGAUAUUGGGGAGAACCUUUACCAACUUAUAAAAUGCCCGUUAAACACAAUGCACAUUCUGGAGAUUCCAUCAGAUUAUAUUGUGAAGGGUUUGUUGGCAAAGUAGACCUUCCAGACGCCACAAAUACUAUUACGUGGAAAAAAGUCAACGAAAAUCGAACGGUUGAACCCACCGGAAAGUAUGGGAUCGAACGAAUCAUCAGGGAAAACGAACAAGUUUUAGGAGCGUUUUUGUACAUAAACAACAUACAGGAUACGGACUAUGGACAGUAUUUAUGCACAAUCAGCAACACUGAUGACCAAUUUGUGAGACAAUUCACAAACAUUACAAAAAUUGUUGUCAGCGAACAAUCAGACGAAAAAUUGAUAAAGGAACUCGUGUUCAUUAUUUGUAUAAUGUUGUUGUUUAUACUGACCGUGUGGAAAUUUCGAUGGAUCGGCACGAUGUUUCAGAGAUUAAGAAAGAACAUUAUAAAAGAUAAAUAUAUGUUGUCCAAAAAAAUAACGUAUAAUCUGGUAAUAUUUUACGAUGAAGAGAACAAAGAGAGCGCUCAUUUUCUUAAGGAAAAAAUGGAGCACCAUGAGAACUACAUAAUCAAAAGCUAUCUUAUCGAUUUUGACGAAGAAGUUGUUAAAACACACGCUGAUUUAGCCAAAAGUUAUGACUUCGCUAUUUAUUUAUUGUCAUCUGAUGACACACAGACAUCAUCGCUAACGAAAUCGUCUAUAAAAUCAUUCAUUCAAGAUAAUGCAUCACUUAAGAAUUACCUAAUAAAUUAUUGUGAUUUGCCAAUAACACCUACCAAAAAGUGGUGCGAUAAAAUCAUGUCAGACUUGAAUGAUGGACUGGAGAAACGAAAUCAAAAUUGUUUGACUAAUGACAUAUUUUCUACUGUAUAAAAAUAGUCAUUUUUACAGAAAAAUAGUAUUCCUAUAUACAUACCAAAUGGAUUAUGUCUAUUAAUUAAUAAUAGAACAAAUCUAUUAUUUAUUAUAAAUAUUAUUUUUUAUUACUGUAUACUUCCUGUAUUGAAUUUAUUUUAAAAGUUGACAACUUUUACUGUUAAUUGUUUUUUUAUGUUGCGAUAUGUACAACAUAUUACUGAGUUAUUGUCUUAUCUAGUGGGUAUAGCAAUAAAAAUACUACUUGACAAAUUCAUGACAGACAUCAGUAAUUUAUUUUUUGUUUUGUUUCUAUUUCACUAAUUUAGUGUACGUUAGCUGUUUGUAUACGUUCGAUUUUAUUUAUUAAUUUGUUUAAUAUUUUGUAUUGUAAUUGUAUUACUACCAACAAAUUUAAACAUAUUCUUUAGUA